AUGGCACAAAAUGCAAGACAAAAAGCCACUAGCAACCUGAGACGAGGCUCUAGACCUGUCUUCCAGUUUACUAACUUGCCUGCAGAAUUGCAACUACUUAUACUUAAUAGGUGCGACAUGAUUUCGAUUGAAAGGCUUCUGAGCGUCAGCUUGUAUGUCAGAAGUCUUUGUAUUCAGUACCCAGAGAUUGUAAUCCAAGGUUCACUCUCAGAAAUCCCUCAGCCUUUCGCCGGCUUCCUACAUGUUGCGACCGCAUUGCACAACAUCAGCGUAGAUAUCUACGUCGAAGUAGACGUGGCCGCAGACAUAGUCGCACAAAGUAUGAAUGCUGCAAUGCAGAUCUACAUCGACCCACAGGUGGCUGUCACGCCUGUCGUGCUGUCUGUGGCGGAGCAUACACGACUGGUAUGCGCUCUUCUGAUCGUCAAAAUCUACUACCAGCUCAGGUCUAAAUUUGUACCCAAUGGCCGCAGGUCAAUGAAGGACUUCGCAACUGCAUUCAUGCAGACUUUAGCGCCGUGGCAGAUAGCCCAAAGCAGCUCGGUUGAAGGUUUUCUGGAUUCGUGCCAGAAGUUUCUGGUCGGCCUCUACGACGAAAUCAUUGAUAACCGAUACACAUGUUGCGAAUGUCUUUUUCGCGGCUGGAUAAUGUAUAGAACGGUCAGUCCUGAUGAUAUGAUGCGACGACAUCUCGUUUGGAGAGUUGGUAUGCUGUUCUGGUGUCAAAGCCGACUAGCGGGUUGGGGUAUGGUCGACUCCAGCGAUGUGGUAACCUUGGGCAGACAGACAGCCUGGCGACUGGGAUACAUGCGUCGGCGGUAUCCAUACUCGCUACAACAAGGCCACAUAGAAGAUACGACAAGUCAGCAGACUAUUGAAUGGACACGCAGCCAUGAACAGAUUAAUUUUGAAGAGUUCUUGGCAAGGCAAUUGGGAUAA